UACGCGGCGGCUGAGCGGAGGCCUCGUGCCGUAACGGCCAUCGCGGCGGCCGCGGCGGCGUCCCGGUUCCCUCCUCAGAUUUGGUAAGAAACCAUGGGAGUUAGGAAAGAAUGAAGUUAAGGAGAAGUCACUAAUCCCGUCUUGGAUGGUGAGCAAAGAAGCUCAGUCAGUGUUCGGCCAAAAUAGUGCAGAAGCUGCUGAAAAUGGCAGAAGAAGUGGUGGUAGUAGCCAAAUUUGAUUAUGUGGCCCAACAAGAACAAGAGCUGGAUAUCAAGAAGAAUGAGAGAUUAUGGCUUCUGGAUGAUUCUAAGUCCUGGUGGCGAGUUCGAAAUUCCAUGAAUAAAACGGGUUUUGUGCCUUCUAACUAUGUGGAAAGGAAAAACAGUGCCCGAAAAGCAUCUAUUGUAAAAAACCUAAAAGAUACCUUAGGCAUUGGAAAAGUGAAAAGAAAGCCUAGUGUGCCAGAUUCUGCGUCUCCUGCUGAUGAUAGCUUUGUUGACCCAGGGGAACGUCUCUAUGACCUCAACAUGCCUGCUUAUGUGAAAUUUAACUACAUGGCCGAGAGAGAGGAUGAAUUAUCAUUGAUAAAAGGAACGAAGGUGAUCGUCAUGGAGAAAUGCAGUGAUGGGUGGUGGCGGGGUAGCUACAAUGGACAAGUUGGAUGGUUCCCUUCAAACUAUGUAACCGAGGAAGGGGACAGUCCUUUGGGUGACCAUGUGGGUUCUUUGUCAGAGAAAUUAGCAGCAGUCGUCAAUAACCUAAAUACUGGGCAAGUGUUACACGUGGUACAGGCGCUCUACCCAUUCAGCUCGUCCAACGAUGAAGAACUUAAUUUUGAGAAAGGAGAUAUAAUGGAUGUUAUUGAAAAACCUGAAAAUGACCCCGAGUGGUGGAAAUGCAGGAAGAUCAAUGGAAUGGUUGGUCUGGUGCCAAAAAACUAUGUUACCAUUAUGCAGAAUAAUCCCUUAACCUCAGGUUUGGAACCAUCGCCUCCACAGUGUGAUUACAUUAGGCCUUCACUCACUGGAAAAUUUGCUGGCAAUCCAUGGUAUUAUGGGAAAGUGACCAGGCACCAAGCAGAGAUGGCAUUAAAUGAAAGAGGGCACGAAGGUGAUUUCCUCAUUCGUGAUAGUGAAUCUUCGCCAAAUGAUUUCUCAGUAUCACUAAAAGCACAAGGGAAAAACAAACAUUUUAAAGUCCAACUAAAAGAGACUGUCUACUGCAUUGGGCAGCGUAAAUUCAGCACCAUGGAAGAACUUGUAGAACAUUACAAAAAGGCACCAAUCUUUACAAGUGAACAAGGAGAAAAAUUGUAUCUUAUCAAGCAUUUAUCAUGAUACUGCUGACCAGAAGUGACUGCUACACAGUUUUAAUUCAUCAUGUAAUUGAAGACUGAGAAAAUAUCAGCCCAGUCAUCCUUGACUGGAAAUUGCUGUCUCUAACUCUAUAUGAGAAUUGACUAUAUAGUAUAUAAGUAUUUUUUAUUAUAAUUCAGCUCAUACAUAUAUACUACAUAUGCCAAGCAUCUGCAUAGAGCAAUUUCUUAUCUUUGGUCUUCUGUUUUAUUGUUUUCUUUGCUGUUUUUCUCUUUGCUUCUAAUAUUAAGGUUUUAUAUUUUAAAAAUGAUGCAGAUCAGAAGUCUUUAUAUGGAAAAAUUUCUUUUUUGCCUUUCCUUUAUUUCCUUAUAAGGGCACCACCUUAGUUACUUUUGCAGUGGUCUUCAUAUAAAAUUAUAUCAGUUAUAUCAACAUAUGGCAUAUGCUAAAAUACAUUUCUUGGAGAGUUGAUAAUCUUUUCUGUGACUAAAUAGCAAUAAUAAAUGGAAAAUUGGAAAUUA